AUAUUACACUAAUUUAUAAGUUUUAUUUAGCAAAAAAUCAUGGCUAGUGUUUUUGUAACAAAAAAGGUAAAUGUAUAUCCAAAAACCAUGCAACCUACCAAAAUUAUGAAGCUUUCCAAUUUAGAUAGGCAAUGUCCUACACUUAUGUACUUGGUGUUUUUCUAUAAUCCUUCUCAUAAUCAUAAUUAUAGUAAUGAUUAUUUAUUUAGUAGCUUGAAAUUGGGUUUAGAGGAGACGUUGUCGCUGUGGUACCCGGCAGCUGGGAGAUUAAGCAAAAACCCUAAUAAUGGGAAUAAGCUUGAUCUUUGGUGCAACAAUGGCGGUGCAAUUAUGGUUGAAGCUGUUACACAAACUAGGGUUUCGGAUCUUGGUAAUCUUUUUCAAUAUAAUGAGUUUUUUGAUAAUUUGGUUUAUAAGCCUACUUCUGAGAUGCCCCUUCUUGUUGCUCAGGUGACAAAAUUUGGAUGUGGAGGCUACUCAAUUGGGGUAGGAACAAGUCAUGCACUUUUCGAUGGACAAGCAACCUUCAAUUUUUUAUCAGCUUGGGCUUCCAAAACUCAAGCUACUAAGCUUGGAAUUAAGGCACUUGAUUGGCAUAAACCUGUGCAUGACAGAGAAAGAUUGUUACACCUCAAUUCCAACAAUAAUAAUCCAGAAGCUGCAUUAACAAAAGUCGCGGCUAUUCAACAUUUGUACCAAUUGAUCACCCAAGCAGCUCCUAGUGGUGGCAUGCUUAUGAAUCCUCAAUUGUUUGUGCCGUCGUCUAUUAAAGAUGAUUGUGCUCUAAGGACCUUUCACUUCACCUCGUCGAUGAUUGAUACCUUGAAGAGGAGAACUUAUGGCCUUAAUAGCUACUCUUCCUCGUCGUGUUCAUCUUUUGAGAUUGUCACUGCACACCUAUGGAAGGCAAGAACAAAAGCACUUGGGCUAAGAAGAGAAAGAAUGGUAUGUCUCCAAUUUGCAGUAGACACAAGGACCAGACUCACACCCCAACUCUCCCAAGGCUUUAGUGGAAAUGCUUAUGUUCUAGCCUCCGUCGCUCUCACUGCCGGUGAGCUUGAGCUCGCAAGCUAUGAAACCCUUGUCAACAAGAUCAAAAUGGCCAAGAACUCCGUUGACAAUGAUUACGUUAGCACGUAUCUCGAGGUACUCGAGGGGUCUGGGGACGCCCUACCAUCCCUAAGGGAGCUCACCAUGGUCUCAGAUUGGACUAGAAUGCCAUUUCACAAGGUUAAUUUCAUGCACCCUUAUGCAAAUUCAGCUGUUUCUGCAUGCCCUUUAACUCCUCCUGUCCCACAAGUUGCAUAUUUUAUGCAAAGUCCUAAGGAAGACAAAGGUAUUGAUGUGAGGAUUGGAUUAAACUCACAAAUCCUUACUACAUUUUCUCACUAUUUCCUCAACAAUAUUUCUUAACACCCACAAUUUAUUUUAUUUUGGUUUGUUCAUCUAAUUUUAUUUACUAUUGUUACAUAUUUCUCUUAGAAUAUAUUACAAUAGCUACAACUUUAUUGUAGCCAUCGAAAGAAAAAAAAAUUACACUAAUUAUUAAUUAAUCUUACGUACUGUUGUAAUGACAACAAAUAUAUUGUAAUUUGUAACCAUUGUAAAAUCUUCCGGUGGAAUAGAUGUUAACGGCUAAAAUUAAAUGUGUCAACGUAUGAAUGGGUGAUGAAGAAGGUUGUAAAUUAUAGCCCUAGAUAAUUUGGCUUCUUUCAUGCUUAUGUAAGGUGACAUUAGCAAAUA